GGAGCGCUCUAUCAAAGCUACGACAACUAUGCUGGUGCACAAGGAUUUUUCGAUCCCGUGGCUGGGCAGCAACAGCAGCAACAGCAGCAACAGCAACAGCAGCUGCAGCCGAAGGAUGAUUUUGCUACCCAAGGAUUGAGUAACCAAAAUGAGCAGCAGAUGAUGUUUAGAGAGUAUCAGCCAAGUCCUCAGCAGUAUCAGCAACAGACUUUUGCUCAGUUUUAUCAAGAACAACAAGCUUAUGCUCCAAUGUCUCCUCCAAGAUAUCCUUCCAAUCAAACUCAAACUAUCCAUCUCGAGACUGUUCAGCCUCAGAUGGUAAGUACCCAGUACGUCACAACUCAACAGCCUAUCCAAGGAACUGUACAGAUUGUUUCCAUGCCUUCACCUCCACCCAUGGUGACCUAUACACAGCCAAGACAAUUCACGCAAGUCCAAACGUAUGCUCCAGUCACCUACAACACUCAAUUGCGGGGGGUUGGGAUCAAAUUUGGUGAACGAAUUGAUAUGAGGACUGGAGGAAUGGUCGUUUUUGUGAAAAGACUUGUCAAAGGAGGCCCUGCAGACCUCAGCAGGAAAAUUCAACCCGGUGACGUCUUGCAGCUUAUCAACGGGGAAGAUGUGUAUGGUCAAGGACUUGAUGUUCUCCGUGAGAGAAUACCUGGCCCUGCUGGAACCUUUGUCCGCCUUGGCUUUCGAAGCACGAUUGGAACGUUUUACGAAGUGGAUCUUCCUCGCACAGCAUACGGAGAUCCAGCUCAGAACGUACAAAUGACAAAAGAAGAAAAGAAAGAUGAAGAACAGUACUUCUUCCUUCCAGCAACAGGUCAGAUGGUGUCAAAGAGCCAGCUUCAAAUGAAUAGCGCUCAGCCUCAGCAAAGGCAAUUUACUAGCAAUCAAUACACCGUCACCAGACAGCAAGUACCUGUGCAAACAACGCAGAUAGUACAGCAACAGCCAGUACAGUACAUCCAGCCAGUACAGUAUGUGCAGCAACAGCAGCAGCCGGUGACCAUUAUGCAAGCUCCUCAAUCAGUUCCAAGCGUCCAGUACGUUUCUGUCUCUAACCAGAGUGCUGGAUAUGGACAGAGUUCUGGAUACGGACAGAGCGCUGGUUACGAGUUCCCAGGACAUCAGACAUAUCAAGUUCAACCAAAUGAGUUGUUCCACGACAUGAAUGGUGAAAUGCAGGGUACACAGAUAAUUCACAGAAAAUUUACAAUUGUUUGGUGGAAGGCCGAGAGCAGGAAAACGGAGUGGAAGGGCUGGUGA